AUGAUGGAGAAGUCAGAUACUAUCCAGGAUGCCGCGCCACUGGAUCGUUAUGAGUCCCACGCCAAAGGUGAGCUCGAGCUCAACGUGGGUGGCCGUGGUGGCACUCAGCGCCGACUGCGCAAUUACCAGGUCACCAUGAUCGGUUUCUGUAGUGGUAUUGGAACUGGUUUGUUUGUGGGAACUGGAUCUGCAUACGCCAAGGCUGGUCCCGCUGGUUUGCUGCUGGCCUACAUCCUCGUCGGAGCUGUGUUGUGGGCUGUGAUGCAAAGUAUCGCCGAGUUGGCCACUGCUUUCCCUACCGCCGGUUCGUUCCCUCACUGGGCUACUCGCUUUAUUGAUCCCUCCGUCGGAUUCUCGCUCGCCAUUUCAUACGGAUAUUGUUAUACGAUCGCCAUCGCCUCAGAAACCUCCGCCGCCGCCGUUAUCGUUUCAUAUUGGUCGGAUAUAACGCCAGCCGUUGUGAUCACGGUCAGUUUGGUUCUCAUCUUAGCGAUCAAUUUGAUGAGUGUGAGGUUCUACGGUGAAACGGAGGUCGUUAGCGGUGCCAUCAAGGUGCUCUGCUUCUUGGGUCUCGUCAUUGUUUCUAUUGUCAUUACCGCGGGAGGUGGUCCCAAAGGCGAUGCCAUUGGUUUCCGCUUCUGGAACAACCCCGGUGCUUGGGUUGACUACGAUGGCAUUACGGGAGCCUCAGGACACUUCUGUGGAUUUGUGUCUUCUUUCGUGAACGCAAGUUUCUCUUUCAUUGGUAUUGAAUGUGUGGUUAUCACGGCUGCCGAGUCUGUUGAUCCUCACCGCGCUAUCCCUAAGGCUGCCCGCCGUGUCACCUACCGCAUCGCCUUCUUCUACAUCCUUGGUGCCUUCCUCAUCGGUAUUAUCGUGAGCCCAACCAACCCCCUCCUGACUUCAGGUGCCGACAACGCGAGAAGCUCCCCAUUCGUCAUUGCGAUCCAGGAAGCCGGCAUCACGGCUCUGCCAUCCAUUGUGAACGCCUGUAUCUUGGUUUCCGCGUGGUCGGCCGGAAACUCCUACUGCUGGGUCGGAUCUCGCAUGAUCCUCGCCAUGACCACAGACCACCAGCUGCCUCAAUUCUUUGGUCGCGUCGAUAAGAAGGGCGUUCCAUACGUUGCAGUUAUCACUGCCUGGCUGUUUGGUCCUUUGGCCUAUUUGAGUCUUGGAUCUGGUGGUCCCGCGCAAGCCUUCACAUGGCUCCUUAACUUGAGCACAAUUGCCGGCCUGAUUGCCUGGGCUACUCUGUGCUUCUGCUUUAUCCGAUUCUAUGCUGCCAUGAAGAAGCAGGGUGUCUCCCGUGACAGUUUGCCAUGGAAAGGACCAUUGCAGCCAUAUGCAGCGUGGUUUGGAUUCCUUGGUUCCACUCUUAUCACACUGGUUGCUGGAUUUGAAGUCUUCUUGAAUGGUCAAUGGAACACUUCUGACUUCAUUGCAUCAUACGUCGGCAUUCCAAUUUUCAUCGUGCCGAUUAUUGUCUGGAAAUUGGUUUACCGCACCAAAUUCUUACGCUCCCACGAAAUCGACCUGUGGGCAGGCCGUCUCCAAGAUGGAGAAAUCAUGCCGGCUAAGAACCCCCGCAAUACCCGCUGGGGCCGUUUUGUCGACUGGCUUGUGUAA